UACCUGUAAUGUAAAAUGACAGGUAACAGAUGCGACAAUAAUUGAGCCCAGUGUGAUGUACCAGCACCCAUCAUGAUGCACCCACGGCGAUAUUUGGGCUCAAGCCGCUGAUGGAUCAACGGCUUACCGGCGGUAAUGUUCCUUGCGCCUUGGGAAAAAUUAAGGAAAUCCAGGUUUCAUAGUGAGAGACCACGAUGACAGCAAGCAAAGUUGGAAGGAACUUCCAGAAGUUGAUGAUAAAGUUUACCCAUGCACCUGUACUGGAUGAAGUCUUAUUCCUACAGAAGACACUUAUAGACUCCCUUGCUAAAAUGCAGAAAUCAGUUCUAGAAUCUUCAAGGGCUGCAAUGCGAUGGGGACAAACAGAAUCAAAUUUUAUAUUCGGUGAUGUUUUAUCAAGUUGGUUUGAUUUGGACAAUGCAUUAUGGUUGUUGUUACAAGACUUACAAACUGAGUGUGUAAAGUACCGCCAAGUGUACAAAGGAAUAAAGGAAGAAGAAAGAAUACUAUGUGAAUUAGGAAAGAAGAAGGAAUCAAAGACAAAUGAGGUCAACAGGCUAAGGUCAAAGGUUAAUGCUUUAAAGAAGGCAAAAACAAAGAAAGCAGAACGCUUGGACACAACAGAGGCUGAGUUACAAUUGGCAGAACAAGAAGAGAGUCGGUUGGAUGACGAACUGAACACUUCUGUAACAGAAUUUGAGAAAUCAAAGGCCAGAAUAAUUAAAGAUGCUCUUGACGCCUAUAGCCAAGGAUGGAUUACUUUUGCCAAAACUAGCCUAGAUAUAUUUGGUGCUCAGGCUCAGAUGGCUGAGGAAAUGCCAAGGAAACCGGUCAUGUUUGAAGAUCAAAUUACAGAUGAUAAUCAGUUGCUUGUCAAAAACAUAUUUCAGAAGCUAAAUUUACAAAAACCAGAACGUGAGAUCAAACCGGAACGUGAAAUUAGACCUGAAGUCCCUUCUCCAUAUUCUCGCAGACCAACAUUAGAGGUAGCAACAUCUUCACCAAACGAUCACCCAAAACAUGGUUUAUUUGGCUCACUAGGAAACAACAUUGGAGCAAAACUGUCGAAGUUCUCACAUAAAACUUCAAAAGAGUGCUUAACAGAAGAACAUGCGAGUAAUGCAAGACCACUUCCCAAUGUUCCUCCAAGGUAUCGGGAAGAUGAUGAAUUUGAUGACUUCCCCGAUGAUGAAUACACAGCGUUGAAUGAGAGUAACACUGAUGAUGAAAACUAUGUCAUUCCAAAUAUCAGUUCAUAUGAAAAUGAUGGUCAACAGUAUACAUUUCUGAAAAAAGACUUGAACCAGCCCAGGUUACCUCCAGGAAUGUCCCAACAAUACAGGUUGUCCCAUGACAUGGAUCAGCCUAGAUUCCCUCCUGGUAUGUCUCAAGACAUGGACAGAGUUUCACCAGAGGUUUACCAAGACAUACAUGACAUAGACAGGGUUUCACCAGAUGUUUACCAAGACAUACAUGACAUGGACAGAGAUUCACCAGAAGUAUAUUAUGAUAUAGACCAGCCCAGAUUUCCUCCAGUUAUAUCUUACCAAUCAUCCAGUGAUGUCACAGAAGAAACACCCACUGAUGAUGAACCAUACCUUGCUGUCAUGUCUGACACAGAGGAAGCUGUAAAUGAAGAUGUCAUGGUGUAUGAAGCCCUCCAGCCUUCUGUUCCCCCUCCUAGGCCACCAAAAAACAUUUCCCCCGACAAACCAGCAUUUUUAUCUGCCCCAUCUCCAGCUUUCUCUAGACAAAAAAACACACCAAUUCCAGCAGAAAGAAAACAAACAUCAAAUUGUCCUCCUCUUGUUUCUCCAAAUUUACCUAAACCUGGAAAGAUAAGUUCUCCACCAUCAAAACCAAAGAUCACCCCUCGACCGAAGAGGGCGCCACCAGUAUUGCCACGAAAAGAUGUUCCAUUGGAACAUUAACUUUUUCUUAUCAAACAUAUAUUUUAAGAGAUUCAACAUGUAUGGGUCUUUUUAGGAUAAUUGAAGAGUCAGCUUUGAGAUUUCAUUGAAUAAUAUUGUGCCUAUGCUGCUAUAAAUUUCAAAAGCGAAGAUGUAAUUAAACAGAAUUUUACUCAGAUCAUCAUUAAAAGCAGGCACUUAGUGCAUCCAACAGUUGUCGGCCGACCCGAUGCUAUGCGCGCACAAUUGAUCGUUUUUUUAUUACUUUGUUAAUAGUAAAUAGAUUCCAGUAAAUGACCUAUCAUUUUAAAGCCUAUAAAGUGGAGAAUAUGAAAAAUAUUAAAAAGCCAAUGUUCUUAUUUUUGGUCACUGAUGCUGGGUUUGGAAUUGCAAGCCCCAUAUAAUAUAAUAAGAUUAUUUUUAAUUAAAAUAAACCGAGAAACUACAGUAAUCGUAAGGCUAAGCGUGGCUGUACAGUAUUAUGACUGCUCCUCAUCAAAACUUAGAUUUUUCUCAAGAAUCUGUACAAAGUAUUCUUAAGUUUGAAUUGAAUUUAUAAAUAAAAAUAUGUAA